AUGGGCGUCAUCCGGAAGAAGAUCGCGGCGAGGGGUGGUGAAGGAGGUGUGAAAUACGUUUGCGAUGUUCGGAUAAGAUGCGCCCAUAGUGCUUGCAAUGAGUACGACCUCUGCGUUCAAUGCUUUUCCAACGGUUCCGCCAGUAAUGCCCACCAACCGGCAACACACCCGUAUCGCGUGAUCGAACAGAAUUCCUUCCCGAUCUUCGACCGAGAAUGGGGCGCCGACGAAGAGCUGCUCCUCCUCGAAGGUGCCGACACCUACGGCUUGGGGUCUUGGGCAGAUAUCUCCGACCAUAUCGGUGGAUACCGACACAAGGAUGAGGUCCGCGACCAUUACUACAAAGUUUAUGUUGAGUCGCCAUCGUUUCCGUUACCAAAGCGAUGUAGUCCACACGAUACCGAGCUCGCGAACGAGAUAUCCCGAGAGGAGUUCCAGUCUCGCAAAAAGAGGAGGAUCGAGGAGCGGCGUGAAGCUGCCAAGAACGCGCCAGCUUUACAACCUAAGACGAAGCCGACAGCUAGCGUACCGUCUUGCCAUGAAAUCCAAGGCUACAUGCCCGGUCGGUUGGAAUUUGAGACGGAAUACGCCAACGAAGCUGAGGAAGCGGUGCAGCUCAUGCAAUUUGACCCUGGAGAUGGCAUCAACCCUCGCACGGGCGAGCUGGAACCGGAGAUGGAACUGAAGCUUACUGUCAUGGAGAUCUACAACUGUAGGUUAACGCAGCGAGCGGAGCGAAAGAAGGUCAUUUUCGAACACAACCUGCUGGAUUACAGGGAAAACAGCAAGCUGGAAAAGAAACGAUCGAAAGAGGAGAGGGAUUUGAUUAAUAAGGCCAAGCCAUUUGCGCGGAUGAUGAAUCAAGUGGACUUUGAGCAAUUUUGCCAAGGUCUCAUUGAUGAACUCAACCUCCGACAAGCAAUUUCGCAGUUGCAAGAAUGGCGCAGCCUUAGGAUCGGUGACCUUCGAAGCGGCGAGAAGUAUGAGCAGGAGAAGGCGACUCGGAUUCAAAAGUCCAUACCCUUGGGAUCGAUGGAUCGGGAGAGGUUGGCAACCAACCAGCGCAAUAAGCAGCAACCACCACCAGAACCUCCAAGCGGCGCCGCGUUGUUGGUGGCACCGGAACUGCCUAUCCGGUCGGCUGUCACCAACGGGACAGCGAACGGUGAAGGAACAACUGCCGCCAAAGGAGAACCGAACGGCCACCAUGCAAAUGGGGGUAGCGUGGUGGUUGCCAACGGCACCACCCCAGCGAAGCAGAAGCAGAUGCCACAGCCAAUUCCUGGGGUCCAACCCUUGCCACUUAGUCAAGACAAUGCUCCUGAUCUCCAUCUGCUCACUAUGGAGGAGGCGAAAUUGUGCGAGACACUUCGCCUCCAGCCCAAGCCGUAUCUCAUGAUCAAGGAACAGAUAUUGAAGGAGGCUGUAAAAGGCAACGGGAGUCUCAAGAAGAAGCAAGCUAAGGAGAUCUGUCGCUUGGACUCGCAGAAAGGUGGGAGGAUAUUCGACUUCAUGGUUAACGCUGGUUGGGUAGUCAAGGCGUGA